GUUUCUCCGCGUUCAUUGUGUUGUGUUUUCUCAGCGUUUUCGUUUAUAAGCUCGAUUUCGUUGAUCAUUUGAUGUUAUUUCUCCGAAUAUAAGAGCGCAGCGCUUUAGUGCGUACUUUUAUUCCCGCGGAGGAGUGACGUUAUCACGUUAUCUUCCUUCAGGCGCCGCGCGAGACAAACAGAGGAGCUAAACAGAGUAAUAUUAUAGAAUUAACUGAUUAAUUAUUGUCGAAAUGAGUUUAGCGAGCAGCAGAGAGCAGCGCAGCACCGCGGGAAACCGCAUGUCCAAACUACUGGACGCCGAAGAAGAAGAUGAGUUUUACAAGACCACCUAUGGAGGAUUCAAUGACGUGAGGAUCAGAUUUGACAUCGAUGAAGGAGACGAACCUGACAGCGAUCAGGAGGACGACGCUCCGCGCAGAAAGAGCCGCGUGGUCACCAAAGCGUACAAGGUCAGCAUCACACACACACACACACACACACACAGACACAAACGAGUUUCUGAAGAAUUAAAGACUAAACGGCCCAAAGUUGAAAGACGCAUCAUUGAAGAGCUGCAGGAGUUUGGAGAAAUGCGUAAGUCUGUGCGUAAGUCGACGAGCGAGCACACGCGGCAGACGAACGAGCGUCUGCAGGAGCGUCAGCUGGAGGCACCGCGCAAGAGGAGAGGAGCUCUGAGCGAACGAGUGCUGACACAAGAAGAGCUGCUCGCCGAGGCCAAACUCACCGCCGAGAGCAACCUGAGAUCACUGGAAAACUACGAGCGUUUAGAGGCUGAUAAGAAGAAGCAUGUUCAUAAGAAGAGACGGUUUGAAGGGCCGAGCAUCCGCUAUCAUUCAGUGCUGAUGCCGCUCAUCCCAGACGCACACAUGAAGGAGGAGAACGUGGAUGUGGAAGGGCUGGACCAGGACACGCCCCAAGCCACACCCACUUCUUCAUCCUCCUCUCAGGGGGCGGGGUCUCUUUGCUCUCGCACAUACAUCACCUUCAGCGACGACGAGGCGUUUAGCUCCGCCUUCCCACCGUCGGCUCGCUCUAGCCCCGCCCAGCCUGUUCAGGAGGUGUGUCCCGUUACCCAUAAACCCGCUCUGUAUCGUGACCCCGUGACGGACAUCCCCUACGCCAACGCCCGAGCCUUCCGGAUCAUCCGCGAGGCUUACCAGAAAUACAUUGCGGCGCACGGUUUUCCCAACGCUUCUGGAAGCUUCAGCGGAAACAGUGACGUCAGCGAUUCGCCGGCCGCGACCACCAAGAGCACACGACCGAAAGCCGUCGUCAAACAGACUGUAGUCGCCACCUAGAAACACCUUAACGACUGCUUUUGAGUGUUUAAUUCCACAUGACGCAGGUUUGACUCUGUUUGAGGACAUUUUUUUAUAAAUUCAGGCAAAACUGUCAGAAUGAACACUUUACAGUAAGGUUUCAUUUGUCAACAUGAGCUAGCAAUGAACAAUACUACUUCUGCAUUUCUGUGUCUUAAUGAUAAUUUCAUCAUUUACUAAUAUUAACUAAUACAUAGAUUAAUAAAUGCUGAAAUUGCUCAUUGUUGGUUCAUGUCAACUAAUGUGAACAAUGACAGACCGUAUUGUAAAGUGUUACUGUACAGGUCUCCACUGAAUCACAUUCAGUGAUUCAAAGCUUCUUUGACUGAGUGACUCUGAACGACUCGGAUCCACUGAUGGACGACCGAUUCAGCUGUUGAUUUAGGAUCACUUCACCAGCACUGGCUCUCAACUGUUCAUUUUCUGAUUUCUCCUUUUGUAUAAAAUGGCAAUAAAAAAUGGCAAUAAAGAACUCAAAA